GCUGGUUUCGUAGUGAGGUCAACGCGGAGAAGCUGACUGAUACAGUACAUAUCGGUGUCACGACUCGCCGGCGACAUGGAGCAGUCUGCAGACGCCGAGGUGGACUGGAAGAAGAAAUAUAAAAACUCGGAAGACACGCUGAAGUUGUUGACGUCGUACUGUCAUAAAGUGGUGGAUAAGUACGAGGAAGUUCUGAAUAAACAAAAAGAAAAUGAAGCAAAGUUCCAAGCUCUGGUCCAGCUGCUUCAGGACAAGGAUGUACAGCUCAACAAUGUCAAGGAAUUAUGGCAGCCAGCUUAUCAGGAGUAUGAGGUCAUCAAGCAGAAGUACGAGCUUGAACUGGAAUGUCGCUUUGAGGCAGAGCAUUAUGCCACAAAGGUGACGAAGGAGAAUCGCAAUCUGAAGCGGAUGAGCCAGGCAAUCCUGGAUAGGGCAGAUAAGGAUAUUGUGGACGGGGAACUGGAGGUCAGUGACCUUGACCUCAGCAAAGACAGCCUUACAGAGGACCACCUCGACAAACUCAAUGAAAGGAUUACAGAGCUCCAGGAUGAGCGGUGUCAAUUGUCAACUCAGUACAAGCAGACUUGGGAAGACCUGCAUGCAGAGAAGCAGAGUCACAAGGAGACACGAGAGAAGUAUGACAGGGUGAAGGUGGAACUCAAGCAGACAAAGGAAUCACUAAAACAACACAAGGAUGCCUUCAAACAACUCACACAAGCGUCUGAGCAGGCUUUUCAGGAAUAUGAAUCCUUGAGGAAAGAAUAUGAGGCAGCCAUCUUGUGCCAGAACACAGCUGAAAAUUUUGCAACAGAGCUUUAUGCCAACAAUGCUGCCAUGAAGAGGGAGAGCUCCAUCCUGUUGUCAAAGGUAUCUAACGACCCACAGCUGAUGAAGGCACUGCACGAGGUGGAGAAUCUCACCACAGAUCUGGAGAAGCUGAAGGCAGAGCACCAGACACAGGUGAAGGAGCUACAGGAAGAGAUUGCUGGCCUCAGCAACAAGGAUGAGAUGGCUUCCCUGGAGAUUGAAAACAAGACCCUCCUGGAGGAGAGAGAUUCUCUGAGUUCCCGUAUGCAGGACGUGACUGAGAAAUACACUCAGAUGGAAAAACAGUACACAGAUCUGCAGGCACAGUAUAAGACCCUAGAGGAGAAAUACAAAGAUGCCACACGACCACCCCCUCCUCCUCCACCCCCACCACCCCCUCCACCAGUCAUCAAGAAAACGUUCUUCAGGCGGAAGUCCAAGUUAAAGGCAGAGGUCAAGAAGAAAUUGGCCGGAGGUGGAGUAGCAACCAACGAUGGCUACAACAAGGCUCUCGAUGAAAUGAUGAAGCGAAUCAAAGAUGGCCGAUCUCUCAACAAGGUCUUGAAACCUGUGAGAAAGGAAUCGGUGCCAGGACCAGACAGCGCCAUGCACCAACUACAUGAUGUGUUGAACAAGAUGAAACGAACCCGCAGUGAGGGGGAUUUGUCGGCACCAGCGCAGAGUUUGGACGAGAACUCAGAGUUGGCGAAGGCCUUCAGACGGGUCCGGAAGCCAGACACAGAGAAUGAUGAUGUAUUUGCACCAGUACACCAAUCGAAAACAUUGCCAUCUGUGAAGGAAGAAAAUGAAAACUUAAGGUAGAGACAAUAGAAACACAAGAUGGCCACUGCUGAACACAACACUCAUGGAUGAAGGGUAAAGGUCACAUGAGACUUCUGAAUCCUUUCAUUGACGACCUAAGGACAAAUAGAACAGAGCAUGCUUGUCGUCCCUGAAUCAGUGCUUUGUGGGAAUUGAAGCAUGGUCUGGUCCAAGAUGGUGAUAGAUACACAUACAACCAGCUCUGGUGGUAGUCAACAAAGGAUUAUUUACCAAAUUUAUUAACUAUUAUAGUAUGUCGUGUAUAUAUCUAGAGACAGAAUGACAUAUCUGAGAUGUGACGUGUUCAUUAUCUGUGCAAGAUUUUCUAUUUAAUGUCAAAACAGGGUAGGAAAGUUUGUUUGAUCUCUUUUUCUAUAUAAAGUGAGUGAGUGAGUAUCGAUCUACGCAAUUGGGAUACGAUGACAUGUGUUAACCAUGUCAUCAAGUCUGACCACCUGAUCCCAUUAGUCGCCUCUCAUGACAAGCAUGUGUUACUGAAGAUCAGUUCUAACCCGGAUCUUCACAUGUUCGAUAUCACAUGAAAAAAACACAUAAAAAUCUAUCUUGUGAAUAUCUUAUUCUAUACACACAGAUUUUAAUAUGCUUUGUUUAUGCGUGUUUAAUGAAUCCUUAUAGUUUUGUACAUGUACUUUGUACAUAAGUAAAUAUGGUUUAAUGCUUAGCAUUCGUAUAGGACACAAACAUAUUACGGUACUAACAAUGGAACAGGGGGUCUCUGUGAGUUGUCUCUUUAGCUUGGCAUUAUCAGGGCUUGUUUCACGCAGAGAUAUUCGCUCCAUGAUUAUCGUAUGUCUUCAGAUUUACGACAGUCGUAGUGCUAACGUUACUCAUGAAACAGGACUAAGAUGGGUAGCAGUAGUACACCAUCACUCAAUCUUAAACAAGGAUUUGUAGGUCUUUGACAAUGUCAUUACCAUGAUAUGUGGGUCCCCUUGUGUGACAGUGUAGUUACUAGGGCUGGCUAAAAAGAUCGAUAUUGAUAGCCAGCCCUAAUGGUUACCUAGAUAUGUGGGUACUCAAGUAUGACAGCAUAGUUAUCAGGAUAUAUCUGAAGCAAUGUCAUUAAAACAAUUUCUUACUCCAGUGUGAUGCCUUGCUCUUAUUACACCUCUGUUUUUCUGGGGUGAAGCUUCUCAUCAGCCAAUCAGUCACAAGGCUUCUACAUUCUUAAAUGAAGGUGCAAAACAUUCAGACCAGAAUACCUGAUUUCUGUAUCUCAAAAACGUAUAAAAUCAACCUGUACUAAAUGUAAAGGCUGCACCAUUUUUUAUAUAGACAGUUUAUAUUAUUAAUUGAUCAUCUUGGAAAGUGGUCAAAGAUUUUUGUUAUUUGCGUGAAUUUGUUUUCAAUAGAAAUUUUCAGAUCAUGGUUGUAAAAAAAUUCUCACCCUUCAUUUGGAUUGGGAGUUCAAAUGGACAUGAUGCUAUAGAGCUGUUCUCAGUUUCCCAUCCUAAGAGGGGUCAUUGUCAGAGUGAAAUGUCUUAUGAUAUCAUUAUUAUGUCUGAAAGAAAUUACAGUUUGCUGUUACCAUUAAUACUCAGUCUGUGUGGCAUUUCUUGUGGCUUGUCAUUAGCAAACUUUCAUCAGUAUCAUACAUUAGCUCUAAUGCAAUAUUUUGUAAAUAUUUUACAUAUCAAACAAAUGUGAACUAUAGUUAUUUUGAGGACUGGGAUUACAGACCUUUUUACAGACAAAUAAAAUAGAAAUGCACUUAGAAUUACUAGAUUCUGCAGACUCCGUUACCUGUAACAAUUCUUACAUUGUUAUCACCCUAUGAAUCAUGAAAAAGAAAUGUACACAGAUUACAUAAUGAAUAAGAAAAACAGAGAUGGUGUGUCUGAAAGAUCAUGAUGGCAUUAUCAAUUAUCCAGUGAAUGGAUUAUAACAGUGAAUUUACAUUUUCAGAUAUAUAUUUUGCCUUUAGGCUUCCAUUUGACAAAGUCUCUGAUCUAAGUAUUAUAGAAAUUGGCCUUACUGGUAAUAGUCCUAACCAGUGUGCACUGCAACUGUCUCGCAAUUCACCUAGUUGGUGUUGGGCUACUGAGCAAUAUAUAUAUGCUUAACUGUCCUAGGUAUGCUUCAGGUUUGAAUUUGAUUAAAAACAGUUGUGCUGCCAGUAUUCUUCCUGUACUCAGUGGUUUCUGUGCACUUUUUGUGAUGUAAUAAACUGUUUUUUGAUGUUU